CACCGAUGGAGGCACUACAGCUAAUACAGAUAAUUCACCGAAGAAGAAGAAGAACACGGAAGCGUCUCAAUCUGCACCACUGUAUAUAUAUUAGUUUUAUUUUUCUCACACGAAAUGUGUACUGGUUGUGUGCAGAAACAGUAUCCUGACAGGGGUCAUACCUGUCUGGAGAAUGGUUCAUAUCUUAUGAACUUCCUCGGCUGUGCUAACUGUCACCAGCGUGACUUUGUGCUGAUCAGCGACAGGACGAUGGUGAAUGAAGAUGAGGAGGAGAUUGUCACUUACCUGCGAAUACACAAUGUUGUGCAUGUUGUGUGGAAAAGCAGAGGAUUCCAUCAGUGUGCUGCCGGACGAUCCCAGACAAACAGCGCCUCUGUUCUAGAGUAUUUGACCAGACACAGAGACAAGGAAUUUACUUCUUUUUUUAAAGAGUAUGGUUAUGAAUGAUGGUGGGAGCCAUAACACAUGCAACAUUUAUAUAUGCUUAGCACUGGAGAACGACAUGCUGUCACGUUUAAUCCAGAAGAAUACACCGCAGAAUUCAUUGUGCUCUUUGUUUCUACUGCUUCAGGGGGGGCUCUAAGGUUCACAGCACACUGAGCACAGCUCUGACUCAUAAAGAUACAUGCAUUUGAGUCAUUCAGAAAUAUUAAACCUAAUUAGGAAUCGCUUGUGUUUAUCUGAUGAUCAUCUUAUGUUUGAUUCACUCAGUGUAUGGAACCCCGUUUCUACCAAACAGAAAAAAUAAAUAAAAACAAUUACAAAUUUUUAUCUCUCAGUUCAGACUUUUUAUUACAAUUUUGAGAAAAUAAAAGUCAGAACUGUGAGAUGUAAACCCUAAUUUCAAGAGUUAUAUGUUAUAUGUUAUAAAAAAGAUGGUUAUUCUGACUUUUUAUGUCACAAUUCUGAUGUUUUUUCCAAAUUGUAAGAUAAAAACUUGCAGUUACCUUGUCUAUUUCAUUCCGUGGCAGAAACAAGCUUCCAUAAAAGUGUUAUUUUUUAUCCCAUGUUAAAAUGCUGUAUGCACAAUGCUCUGUUGCCAAUUCUGAGUCUGCAGUAGAAAUGUCUGUUUGACUAAGGUUAGGUUUGAGUGGAUUAUCAGUUUGUUAACCACAGACAGGAUUUUGGUUUCUAUGCAGCGCUUAGAUAUACAUAAGUCAAGAUUGGAUUAGACAGAUAAAAUAUGUUUAAAAUGGUACUCAUGGAAAUAAACCGAUUCCUGCUUGUUACUACUGAUACUUUCAUUUAAAGUAAAUAUGUCUUACGGUAUUUCCAGUGUGAAAACAAAUUAUUUUGUAUGCUUUGAAUAAAAUAUGAAACGAU